AUGUUCUUCCCCGAAUAGGAGUACAAGACUAGUACAAAGGUAAGAAACUCUCUAUCCAUUCUAGAGUGAAGACGAACUUAAGAAAUUGACGCUGGAAGAGGAUCUAAGCGAAUGCUAGAGGUCAUAUCAGAUAUUGACGAAGGGUCAAUAAUUGUAAAAGAGGGCAGUAAGAUAUGUUGUUUAUUGAUUGAUAGGUAUAUCAAAACUUGCAUAGAAUUUUAAAGGAACCAAAUGCAUUUGAGAUUUUGUUCAAAGUCAUCGUGUAUGAUAUAAUCUAUAUUAAAGAGAGGAGAUUCAGCAACAAGAAGAGGAAAAUCAAAUUAUUGCAGCCAAAUCUCUUCAUAAAUUGAUUAAAGACAAUUAACUUUAAGUAAUGGAGUUACUCUAAAUUUAUGAUUUGACUACUCAAAUUCUAAAAAUAUGGUCAUUACCAGUUUUGAAUGAAUGGAUACAUACUAUGAAUGCAUUACUUAGAGUUAUCAGCCUCGAUAUCAUCCUUAAUCCAAUCUCAUAAUUGAUACUAUUGUUGACUGAUGCAUCACAACCAACGAUUUCUCGUUAGAGUGCUGCAAAACUCAUAGGCACCUUGGCAUAAGUACAUUCAAUUAUUAACUAAAGCUAUUGGGAAAUGAUAUCAAAGGGCCUUUAUUGGACAGAGCUAGAAAUUUGUGUUCUGAUCAUGACAAAGAAGUCAGAUUGACCAUGGCUGAAGAUGUUAUAGUGAAAGUGUGCCAAUCGAUAUCUAGUGAUUUGAUAGAGUGUUAUUUACUUGAGAAGAUCAUGGAACUGUAUUAUGACACAGACAUUGUUGUAAAGAGUGCAGGCAUGAAAUUGUUCUACACCAUAGCCAACCAAUUGUCACCUGAUGAAAUCAAAAAUAGAUGUACGAAACUAUUCAUUGAUCAAAUAUAAAGCUAGAGUGAAGAAAGUAAAGUAGUUAUGUCUAAAAUGUGUGGAAGAGUAUAUAUGUUGGUAAUUAUUAUCAAUUAUAAGUAGGUUAAAGGCAAUUUGAAUCAAAAUUAAAUAUCUCUAUUUCUCACUAUUUAUGCGUCAUAUGCCAAAAGUAAAAAUAUAGAUGUGAGGAUCAACUUUGUUUCCAAUUUCCCUGCAAUACUUUCUUUGAGUCUAAAAAAGUUUGAAUUUUUUCAAGAACAAUAUAUGUUGUGUUGCAAUGAUACCAAUGAAACACUUCAAAGAUCCAUAUUAAGCAGUUUUCAUGAAGUUGUACUCUUGUCUGAGAAUACAGAUAUUCUAAUACAAGUAUUUGUUAAUUUCAUGAAAUCAAAAUAUUUAACAGUCUUACAAUUGUUAAUAAUCAGAUUUGAUUCAAUUGUCAAUUCCUUCCAAAAACAAGUAGUUUGUAUAUCUUAUGCGUAGUCAGUAACAACCCCAAUUUGGUCAACCAGCCAUUGAAUUGCUAAAUGAUCUUAUUGCAAAAAAUCAGUGGGAUUUACAAAUAGAUUUGUUAUCCAAAUUCUCAGAAUGCCAAUAAAUAUUUUCUGACAUCAACACAUUCCUCAAUGUUAUGCUCAGCACCAUCAGCAAAGGAAUACCAAAAACCAAACAAUUAUGUUGUCUAAACAUUGCCAAGUACUUGAGCAACAUCGGAGAUCUGAGGAAGAGAAAGGAUUGGAUUAUCUAGCUCUUUGAACUCUACUUUAAAUCAGACAGCUACUUUAAUAGAAUCACUUUUAUAGACAUAGUCCAAGAAUUCACUCAAUACAUCUCUAGAAAACUGUUCAAACAAUAUUAGUUCUAUGAUAUUCUGUUCUACUCCAAGGAUCCAAUCCUUAAUGUGAGGAUGAGGUUGAUCAAGGUAUUUCCCUUCUUAUAUCUUUUAGAUUUUGCCCAUCCUUUAUAAGAAGAUAGAUUCCAAUGAUGCACCGACUUUGAAUAUGUUCAAUGAUGCUUUAUAAGAUUGCAUUCUCGGCGGAUCUCGCUCUUUCCAAUACAUGAUCUAACAAACCAAGGAAGAGUUGCUUAAGCCAAGUGACGAAAGCUAUUUAGAUCAGAAGGAUCAAGAGAUGCUGGAGAAGGAGGAGUAGAUCUUUAAGAAUGACUAGAAAUAGAGACAAUUAUUAUUGGAUUAAGAAAGGGAUGAUUUGGAACUCAAUAAAAUAGACUUAAAUGAUUACUUGACCAAAUACAAGAAGAAGUAUCCCCUCACCAAAAUAAAGAUCACCAAUCCAAGUAUGCACAGUCAAACCACACUGCUUAAAAAACCUCAAUUGUAGAAUAAUGCCACUUCAGCACUUCUUUUCAAGAAAUCAGUUGACUUUGAUUGCAAUAAGAGUCCUCUCUUAGAAGCUUCGUCUUCUUUGAAAAAGCCUGGUCUUAAAUCCAAAACACCUAUGACCAAAAGUAGUUGUGACAUUAAGAAGUAAUUUAAACUUCCUAGUAUUAAAAAGUGA